AUCAGAAAGGCCGGGUAGGCUUUUGCAAUGAGUUUCUUCUCCCAGUGGUUCCCAUUGCAGCUCCAUAACUUGCUCUUGCUCUUUCCGGGCUGUGCUGUGCUCUGCUCCAAACAGAAGUGGGUAGGGCUACAGAGUUGCAUGGCAGGUUGUGGUAUGGGACAAAGAACUGUGAGCUGCAGCUGAGAGCAUUUGGUGUACAGAGGUCACUGUGCCCUAGCCCAAGUGUCCUGACUGCAUUCCUUUGCUUUGUUCCUGCUUUCCCAUGAGGUCAUGGACAUGAGAUCAUUCAUGUACGCUUGAGAAGUGAAGCAGACUGGUGGUGGGUGCUGCAGGGGUGCCUUUGGCCACCAGGUGUCACGACAGGCUUGCACAGUGAGAAUGUGGGUGCUGUGGGGUGCUAUUAUGUCACACAGAACCUGUGACCACCCAUGGUUCUCUGCACCAUUGCACAGCAGCAACUGCUGGGGGAGCUGCUCCCCUGCAGGAGAUGGGAAUGAUUUGCUUUUCUCCCUCUCUAUAGUCUUCUGAUUCUGCAUUCUGCCCAGGGCAUGCUGGUAGCCUAGCAGCUGUUCUCCCAGGCUCUUUGAGCCUAAAAGCCUGUGUUACAAUUAAUCUGUUACGGUUCUCAUGGAGAUGUGCAGGCAGGGCCAAGCUCUUCCAGACAGCAGAGGUGGGAGCAGUAUCAGGCAGAGCAGCACUGGCCUCUGCUCCUGUCUGCCAUGGGAGGAGAGGUGGAGGUGUUGAGGGAGACAGCCUUCACCCCAGGGAGAAGAAGAGAAGCUCUGUGUGUUUCUGAGUUUGGAGCAGGUCAGUAUGUGACCAGGCAAUGGGCAACGAAAGCUUUACGACAUCAAACCAUUCUUGGAUUUUUCCAGCCCUGGGCAGGGCUGGUGCUUGCCUAGCACUGUGAGCUGCCCAUGACAGUCUGCUUUUACACCCCAGCUUCAUCUUCAGUCUGAGAGCUGCUGGUCCAUCGCUAGUGAGAGCCACUGAGUCACUUGUGCUGGAGUGGGGCCAGCGCUGUGAGUUAGGAUUUAUCGUGUCUGAGCACAUCAUGCCUUACUCUCUUCUGUUGGAAUCUGUCAUUCAGAAAUUGCUCCUGGUUGUAAAUGAAGUCAUUCCACUUACCAGUUUUCUUGGAAACUGCCAUUAUUCCCAGAACUGCUGAGGGGCUGCACUGAAAGGAAUGUAGGAUCAGCAGAGCCCAGGCUUGAGGUCUCCUUGCAUUGCAGUGAGUGGAAAGAGCGUAGGGUGAGUAGGAAAUUCCCUUUUGGCAGCCCUGGCCUGCGGCAGAGCCUUCCACACAUGAUGUGCUGGGUGCUAAGCCCUGUCUGCUGGAGGGGUUUUUUUGUAAAUCCUAGAGUUAUCUCAAAACUGAGCUCUAUGACUUUGCAGCUGACUGCAGCAGUAAAGUAUGCACAGGGACAGGGCAGUGUGUGAUACCCUUCUGCUUUGGUGGCUGAGUCACAGCCCAGCGUGUUUGCUUUUAAGUCAUCGUGAGUGAGCUGGUGGAAAGGCUCUGACCUGCUGCUUUGGCCACGGGCAGGAGUGCUGGAGAAGAAAUCUUCAGCAUCACACUAAGAGAGCAGCAGGGUGAGAUGGGGUUUGAAGUGGGCCAUCCUAAGUCCUUUCUGGAUGCUGAUGGGGUGGAAUCCAUGCUGCUUUCUCUGACUUUGCCUGCUUAGCAGUGAGAGAGGCCUGGAGGAGGGUGGGUCGUUUACCUAGGGAACUUGAAGAAGGAAAGAUGAACUCUAGUACUUUAUUGCAGGGCGUGGACAGGUGCAUCUUGGUUUUUAUUUUGGAGGACUUGACAGUGAGGUGACAUCUGUGGGGAUGGACAGGCCCUGUGCUAUGGCAGUGUGCCCAUUGCAGCAGGAGGCCAGGGGUGCUUUCAUGAGUAGCACAGAGAGCUGUGAGCAGGAGCCAGAGCCAGCGCGUUCCUCUUCUAUUGCUGAGACUGGAUUUGGUUGAGGUCGGUGUCUGGGCCAGGAACAUCCUCAGCUGUUACUGGGCAGAGGCUAUGUUUACAGCUGGCUAAUAGGUGUGCAGGGAAGAAAGAGCAGGGGGGGAUCAGUGCUGUGACAUCUCUGAGGAACCCCUCUCUUCCCCCAGAUUUCAGCUUGCUGAAUUGUCCUAGGAUAGCUUCAGGUGAUUAAUACGCACGUGUAGACUAGCUGUUCUUGUUCUUCCACUGCUACCCUGAAGUAUGACAAGCUAUAAAUAGGCAGAUGGGAGCUGUCUGUCCCUACUAAAAUAAAUUGAACUAACCAACCCCGGUGCUGCUUCUAUUGAUGUGUCUGCUGUGGGAUCUGUGUAGUGCUGUUGUGUUAUACGGUGCUGGAGGGGGAUGUCAUGAGCUGGAAGAGAAGCAGAUUGUGGUCCUGGGGCCAGAAGAGCCCGGCCCUGGGGCAGCUGCUAUUGGGUGACGCACCAGGGCUGAUGUUAUCGCAGGCAGGGAUGGAGCUGGACUAUGCCCUGCUGUGAUAGUAGGCAGCUCAGGGGGAGACCUUUGAGCUCUGCCAGCCUCUGCUGAACGCAGAUGUUGUGUGCCCAGCCCAGGGAGCUCCGUGCAGCGCAGGGUGGGGCUGAUAGCUCCCCACCACCUCACCCCGGUAUGUGACAAGCGCCUGAACCACGAUGUGAAUCAUCGCGAGGUGACCGAGUUCAGAGCUAAAGCUGCCCCCGGGCGGGAUUCCGUGGUACGAGCCUCCGUGGGCAGCGCCGUGCCCACCCCUUACUUUCCCCUGUAGCGUGACCCCAGCAGCCUCUCUUCCCCGACGAGACGGAGCUUUUCCCGGCGUCCGGCCUGCUUGUCGGGCUCGGGGCCGGGCGGUGCGGGGGCGACGGGAGGAACGCGGCCGCUUCCCGGCACGGCGGCCGCGGGUGGGGCGAUGACGGCGGCCCCGGGGACCGGAGGCGGAGCCGAGGGCGGCAGCGGGCGGAGGCGGCGGCGGUGGCUGGGGUUCCCGGAGCCGGGCGGAGGCGGUGUUGCGGUGCGGGAGCUGUGCGGUGCGCGGCUCGCAGGUGCGGAGCGCGAUGCGGGCGGGCGAGGAGGCCACGCACCAGGUGCUGGGCCGGCUGCGGUUCCUGCUGCAGUGCAGCGAGUGCUUCCGCCGCGCCCGGCCGCUGCCCGCCGCGCUGUGCUACGUGCCCCGCGAGGUGCAGUACAAGAUCUGCAAGGACCCCGCGGCCGCCGCCUCGUCCCGCAGCCUGCUCAGCGUCUGGGACGGCCCCGGGCCGGCGCGGGGCUCCAAGCGGGCCACCAUCGAGGUGCGGAAGGGCGGCUGCCUCCGCGCUACGGGCGAGGAGUACCGAAACAGCGCGGGGCUGUGGGUGAAGCUCCGCAAGGAGCACCUGGAGGAGAACGGGGUCUGUCAUGAGCUGGAGGAGGGCUGGGUCCUGGCGCAGCGGUUUGGAGAUGGGGGAGAUAAGUUGGUGCCGGUGGAUCCGGUGGAGAAGAUCCAGCAGCAACACCAGACCUUUGGAACGGAUUACAAACCUGUGGCUAGCUGGGAACAAGUGGUGGACCUGACAUACACCAUGCAGUUGGGAGAGAAGCCCGUGUCAGUCGAGCCGGACGAGGCUGUGGUGCAGAAGCUUCGGUCGAUGCCUCCAAAUUGGAGCUAUGAGCAGGACAUGGAGCUGGGGCGCUUCCUGUAUGACAUCACCGAGAGGGAUCAACACUGCAAGGACUGCUUUAAGGACCACCUCAACAGCAUAGAGGUCUCCUCACAGCUGGAUGACUUCAAAGUAACCCACCUGACAGACAACCAGGGAGACACCUACUGGGAGAGCAACGGGUCCCCUGGGCAGCACUGGGUGCGGCUCCACAUGAAAAAAGGCAGCGUCAUCAAGAAGCUGUGGCUGAUGCUAAAUGCAUGCAUCAACUCCUACGUCCCCAGGCGGGUGGCUGUGUAUGGAGGGCCAGCCAACAGGCUGCAGCACCUGAGAACUGUCUUAAUCAAUGAGAACAGCUAUCAGGAUGUAUGCAUCCUACGUGACAUGAAGACCCACAUGCCAGUACUGGAGAUCCGCAUCUUGGAGUGCCGAGAACAAGGAUACAACGUCCGGCUGCGAGGGAUUAAGUUCAAGUCCUUCUGGGAGAGGGACUUGAGCCUCAACGCAGACAUGUUUCAGGCGGCCCAGCUGGUGCGCUACCCGCUGCUGGAAGGGGUGGACGCGGAUGUACUGUACCACAGGGCCAUAGUUAUCCAGAGGUUCAUCCAGCUCCUGGACAGUGUCCUGGGGUACCUGAUCCCCAUCUCCGAUGAGAGUGACAGCAGCUUCAGUGUGCUGAGGGGCAUGAAGCCGUUCCUGCAGCUGUGCAAGCUGGGCAAAACCCUCGUCACCCAUUGCCUGCAGAGCUCGGAGAGCAGCCCACCUUGCAUGCUGCCAAAGCUGCUCAUCAACCGGCAGCUGGCCCGUGAGCACCGGGCUCACCCUGAGCUGGACCCUAGUGGCCGGAACACAGUCUUCACCCAGGUGUAUGAAAACCUGAAGCCUUCUAAAACCAACAAUCAUCUCCUAAACUACAGGUGGCCUCAGACCCACAGCCAGUGGUGGGAGUGUGACUUCACCACGGAGGGCGUCAUUGAUAACGGCGGGGGUUUUCGGGACUGCCUGACAGACAUCUCAGAGGAGCUGUGUCCCAGCUCUGGUGAUGUCCCCGUGCCACUGCCCUUCUUUGUGCGCACAUCCAACCAGGGUAACAGCAGCAGCGACACCAGGGACAUGUACGUCCCCAACCCCUCCUGCAAGGACUUCCCUAAGUACGAGUGGAUUGGACAGCUCAUGGGAGCAGCCCUGAGAAGCAAGGAGAUUCUGGUCCUGGCUCUGCCCAGUCUGGUGUGGAAGCAGCUGUCAGGAGAGGAGGUCAUCUGGAGCAAGGACUUUGCUGCUGUGGAUGUGGAGCUGGUGAAGCUGCUGGAGAUGCUGGAGGAAGUGGACAGGGAGGCCUUCAACUUCAUGUUUGGCAAGGAGCUGACCUACACAACGGUACGGAGCGACCAGCAUGUGGUGGAGCUGAUCCCAAAGGGUAGCAGCACCGUGGUGCGCUUUGAGGACCGCAAAGAGUUCAUCCAUCUGGUGCAGAAGGCUCGGCUGGAGGAGAGCAAGGAGCAGGUGGCAGCUAUUCGUGCCGGGCUGCUCCGUGUGGUGCCCCAGGCUGUGCUGGACCUGCUCACCUGGCAGCAGCUGGAGAGGAAGGUCUGUGGGAACCCUGAGGUGACGGUGGAUGAGCUGAAGAAGUUCAUCACCUUUGAGGACUUUGACAGCACCCGCAUCCAGCAAUUCUGGGAUGCCCUCAAGAACUUCACCAGUGAGGACCUCAGCCGAUUCCUCAAGUUCAUCACUGGCCGCAGCCGCCUCCCUGUUCAGCUCACCAUCUACCCAGACCGGUCCAUCCCUGAGCGGUUGGACAUGAUGCCUGAGGCCUCCACAUGCUCCUGCUCCUUGUUCUUGCCCAAAUAUUCCUCGGUCAAGAUAUGUGAGGAGCUGCUGCGCUUCGCCGUGUAUAACUGCAUGUCCAUCGACACUGACAAGAACACCUGGGACUAGUGGCAAUAAAACCACUAAUUGGUCA